CUGGAGCCAUCGUCUCGCCACGUGACCCGAUUGCGGCCCUUGCGGGCACAGCACGCGAGCUUUCCAUCGCCGUGCCACCACCGCCCGACGCCCGUGGCCGUCGGAGCACAGGCGGCGGCUGCGGCCAUGGCGUCGCGCAAGCUUCUCCUGGGCCUCACCGCCGGGAGGCGGCUCCGGUCCCGCACUCAACAACUCUUCUGGGCCGCCAGUCUCCCUGAAGCUACCACCUCUCGCUCCCUCGCGGCCGUCGUCGCCGCGGCGCAGCAGUCGGGCGGGUCUCCAGCGGCUCUUCUCUUCUCUUCGAGGACCAUUUCAUCGACGCGCCCCGCGACACAAUCCGCCGGAGACGCGCCCGGGUCGUCUGCGGUGGACCACAAGUUGAUAAUGCCAGAGGAUGAGUUUCAUAAAUUAGCAGAUGAGACGAUUCAUGAUUUGCUUGAAAAACUUGAGGAAUAUGGUGACUCCAUUCAGAUGGAUGGUUUCGACAUUGACUACGGGAAUCAGGUUUUGACAUUGAGGCUUGGGGAUUUGGGAACAUAUGUUGUGAACAAGCAAACACCAAACAGACAAAUCUGGUUAUCUUCACCUGUGAGUGGGCCUUCUAGGUUUGAUUGGGAUGCAUCAACAGACGGUUGGAUAUACAAACGGACCGGAGCAAAUCUUGUGCAGCUUCUGGAAAAGGAGAUUGGUGAGCUCUGUGGUACCCCAGUAGAACUUUCAUAAUAUCACAGGAAAUGCCACACAUCUAGAUUGGAUGGAGAGUAGUGUGCUUGAGGUACAGUAUGAGGGAGACAACACUCUUGUAAUAUGGUUUAUCACAAAAUUUUGUUGUUCUACACAUUUGCGCAUUUUGGAAUAAAUAACUUCCCUUUGCUGAUCA